CAAAAGACCGUUAGUCACUAUAUGAUUCAAGCAAAAGCUCGUUCUCUUGCUGCCACUUCUAGUUACCAAAACCAGUUUCAUGGAAUUGAAAAUUAUAAAUUUUCUCAAAAAUAUGUAGAUGGAUUUAUGUCACGGCAUAAUUUGGUUAACCGUAGGCGUACUACUACCGUCCAACAUCUUCCUGAAACUUAUAAUGAAGAACAAAGCAAAUUUUUAUCUCUUAUACUUUACAAACAUGAUUUAAUCUUUGACUUCUCUCGAAUUGAUAAUCAAAUGAAUCCAGGAAGAGAAAUUGAAGAUCAAGCUGAAACAGCUAGUGAUAAUAAAGAAGGAGACA